AUGCCUUUACGCCGUUCAACUAGAGUUAAAGAUGAACCAGCAUUUAAAAAACCAAAAUAUGAAGAAAAAAAUGAAACGGAUAUUCCAGGAGAUCCAGAAGCCGUAGAACAAGAUGAUGAUGAAUUACCAGAAGAAGAAGAUGAUGAAGGUGAAUAUGAAAAUGAAGAUGGAAGAAAACAUAAUCCAGGUAGAAAAGGUUAUCAAGGUCAAAAGAAACAAGCAAACGAUGAUGAGGAUGACGAUGAUGAGGAUGACGAUGAUGAGGAUGACGAUGAAGAGGAUGACGACGAUGAAGAUGAUAACGAAGAUGGAAGAAAACAUAAUCCAGGUAGAAAAGGUUAUCAAGGUCAAAAGAAACAAGCAAACGAUGAUGAGGAUGACGAUGAUGAGGAUGACGACGAUGAAGAUGAUAACGAAGAUGGAAGAAAACAUAAUCCAGGUAGAAAAGGUUAUCAAGGUCAAAAGAAACAAGCAAACGAUGAUGAGGAUGACGAUGAUGAGGAUGACGAUGAUGAGGAUGACGACGAUGAAGAUGAUAACGAAGAUGGAAGAAAACAUAAUCCAGGUAGAAAAGGUUAUCGAGGUAAAAAGAAACAAGCAAACGAUGAUGAGGUUGACGACGAUAAAGAUGAUAAUGAAGAUGGAAGAAAACAUAAUCCAGGUAGAAAAGGUUAUCAAGGUAAAAAGAAACAAGCAAACGAUGAUGAGGAUGACGAUGAUGAGGAUGACGACGAUGAAGAUGAUAACGAAGAUGGAAGAAAACAUAAUCCAGGUAGAAAAGGUUAUCAAGGUAAAAAGAAACAAGCAAACGAUGAUGAGGUUGACGACGAUGAAGAUGAUAAUGAAGAUGGAAGAAAACAUAAUCCAGGUAGAAAAGGUUAUCAAGGUAAAAAGAAACAAGGUGGUGAUGGUAAUAAAUCUGGAGAUAGAAGAGGUAAACAAGGUCAAAAUAAAGCCUUUGGUAAUAAAACCGAUAAAGAUCACGGUAAAGAAGCAGCUCAAGAUGACAAAGAAGCUGAAGGAACUAAAGAUUAUGCUGCUGAAGCGGAUGCUGAAGGUGAAGGUCAAACAAGUUCCAAAAUUAAAGAUGCUGAAGAUCGUGAAGUUGAUAAAAAUUUUAAACCUACUGAAGUUGAUUUAGCUGUUGAAGAUGAACCAGAUGAAUAA